CGGCCGCCACCUCCGUUGCACAAGGUGUCUGGUCUGGCAAGCAGCUCGAGCCCCAGGGAGGCGACACGCAGAGACUCAGGCUGGGCUGGAGGAGCCACGCGGGAGGACGCCGCGCGGCGCUCCAGGACUGGAGCAGCCUGGCCUCUGAGGACCCUUAGCGACCCGAUCCCGGGAUCCCGCUCCACGCUCUUCUCGCGUUUCACGGAUUCCCCCCACCCCGCCCCGCUGCCUGCGACCAUCUCCCCAAAACGGAGCCUUCCUAUCAAGAGAAGGUGCGGGAGUCGGGGCAUCCAGGACUUUUCCGGACACCCAAAAUGCGCUCUAUUAGGAAGAGGUGGACCAUCUGCACCAUAAGUCUGCUACUGAUAUUUUAUAAGACAAAAGAAAUAGCAAGAACUGAGGAGCACCAGGAAACGCAACUCGCUGGAGAUGGAGACUUGUGUUUGAGCCGAUCACUUGUCAAUACCACUGAUAAAGUCACUCGGAAGGCUGGUUCAACAAUCUUUCAGCACUCUGUAGAAGGCUGGAAAAUCAAUUCUUCUUUAGUUGUGGAGAUAAGGAAGAACAUUCUUCGUUUCUUAGAUGCGGAACGCGAUGUCUCCGUUGUCAAGAGCAGCUUUAAGCCUGGUGACGUCAUACACUACGUCCUCGACAGGCGCCGGACAUUAAAUAUUUCUCACGAUCUGCACAGCCUCCUCCCCGAAGUUUCACCAAUGAAAAAUCGCAGGUUUAAGACUUGUGCAGUUGUUGGAAAUUCUGGCAUUCUGCUAGAUAGUGGAUGUGGCAAGGAAAUUGACAGUCACAAUUUUGUAAUAAGGUGUAAUCUAGCCCCUGUGGUGGAGUUUGCUGCAGAUGUGGGAACUAAAUCAGAUUUUAUUACCAUGAACCCAUCAGUUGUACAAAGAGCAUUUGGAGGCUUUCGGAAUGAGAGUGACAGAGAAAAAUUUGUGCAUAGACUGUCCAUGCUGAAUGACAGUGUCCUUUGGAUUCCCGCUUUCAUGGUCAAAGGAGGAGAGAAGCACGUGGAGUGGGUUAAUGCAUUAAUCCUUAAGAAUAAGCUGAAAGUGCGCACUGCCUAUCCAUCACUGAGACUUAUUCAUGCUGUCAGAGGUUACUGGCUGACGAACAAAGUGCCCAUCAAAAGACCCAGCACAGGUCUCCUCAUGUAUACUCUCGCGACAAGAUUCUGUGAUGAGAUUCAUCUGUAUGGAUUCUGGCCAUUCCCCAAGGAUUUGAAUGGAAAGCCUGUAAAAUAUCAUUACUAUGAUGACUUAAAAUAUAGGUACUUUUCCAACGCAAGUCCUCACAGAAUGCCGUUAGAAUUCAAAACAUUAAAUGUGCUACAUAAUAGAGGAGCUCUCAAACUGACGACAGGAAAGUGUGCAAAGCAAUAAAGCACAUUUGAAAGACAUAAGCAGAGCGAACAUGUACUUCGUUUCCGAAGAGGCUUCUGAAGAUUUCGCAGUAGGAUCCAAAACAAGGCUGGGUUUCAGCAUUCACCAAUUAACUGAGAAGUUGAUGAAGGCUAUUCACUGGAGAAAUCCACUACCAGCUGAAGAAAAUACCUGCAAAGUGCUCUAAAAUUUUAAUAUUUUGACUUCAAGGGUCCUAGUAAGUGCCACUUUCACUAAGACUACAGUUUGAAUGUAUAAUCAGUAGUGUUUACAAGAUCCAACAAUGCACUUGUCGUUAGUUAAUGAGGCGAACACAUCCAUCGUUCUCGGGCUGCAGCUGCAACAUCAAGCACAUCAGAAGAGGAACCCAGGACCUCAGCUCCGCCUUGGGCAGUUCACCAUCCUUGUCAGCAGAAAGGAACACGGGGACCGUUCCAACAGUGAAUUCCACAAGAAGAAACAACUCAAGUAAAUGCCUUCAGUCAGGACUCCGAGUCUGAUCAUGAAUGUUGUGCUUUUCAGUUAUGUUUCUGUUCGUCUUAUGGAAUCUCUUUUACUUGGGGUAUGUGGGUGCUUAGAAAUCCUUUCUGUGGUGUAGAAAUGAGAAACCUAAGAACAGGAAAAAGUUAUUUCAAGUCAUUCUUUCUAAAGCAGUAUUUUCAAAGAGCAAUCACAAAAGACUUUUUUUUUUUAAAUUAUGUUGCACAACUUGAAACCUCCAGAUUAUUUUUCAGUGGGUAGAAGGUACCACCAAAACCGUACAACUUGGUAAUAGUGAGUCACUCUCAAGAAAAUACGUACCAUGUCAUCUGAGAUGGCAAAACUAACAGGAACAACACGCCCUUUGGUUACCAAAGAUUGUGUUCAUUUUCUACACAACAAAGCAUUCUCUUUCCAAGAAAAUAAUGAAUUAAUACCAUGAAUAUAUGACUAAUGUGAAUGUUGUUUCCAAAUACUUUAAAUUUAUUUUCAUUUGAAGGAAGACUUGCAUACUUUUCCUAUUUCACGAUCAUUUUGCAGAAGCAUUUUACCCAUUGGAACAGAUCAUUGAUGAAGCCGAAAUGUGGCUUCCAGGUUUUUUUUAAUCCCUUUAUUGUCCAGAUAGAAAGAUUGGCAUACUUGCUAUAUCCUUGUUAAAUCUCUUGAAAAAUUUGCAGAAAUAACAGGAUUAGUAGAAUGUCAUUUUCAUAAUGGAGAUGAUUAUUUUUGAAGAUACUCAACAAUGAAAUUGUAUGUUAAAAUUUUGCACUUAAAAUAAAUUCAAGUGACUAACAUUUUUGUGUAGUUCAAUUUAGCUACAUUUUAUCACAUUAGAGAUUUUUUUUUAAAGAAACACAAAAAUCAUACAAAUGGCUUUAAGAUAAUUUAACGCAGUGAAGCAUGACCAACAGGUCGGUUUUCUCACCAGUCACACUAUGGUGGAAGGUGAUACUGAAAGUAAUUUUUUUUUUCCAUCAGAAAGCAGAAGCAUGGUCUUCUCACUUCUACUUUGGCCUGGAACAACUUUACGUGACUUCUUGUUUCUUAGGGAAGGCAAUGGGAAGAAAGAAGAAAUAGCAUGGAACAUAUGUAUGUUUGUUUCAUAAAGAAGGUACUCUGAGAAAUGAACAAAGCAUGAACAAUAUAUAUAUAUAUAUUGCAUAUAUAUUCAUGAAAAAAGUUGCACAAGUGUCUAUUUCUCAGUAUUUAAAUACCAUGGAGUGUUAUUUUAAGGAAUAUGGUAGAACCUUGAGAUACGGAAGACUCUAUUUUCUGAGAAUCCACGGGUCUAGAAAAGAAAAGUUGAACACUUCCAGGAAAGUGAUAGUUAAAUAUGAAUGGGAUAUUAACAGAGUUUUAUCAAUCAACAGCUUAUAAAAAUGUUUAAAGAGCUAGGUACAUUUUUAAUGCAAAGCAGAUAAGUACAACUUAUUUAACACAUCAAAAGUAAAUAUUUUAUAGAAAUGUGAUUUGGAAUACUUGCAGAGAUAAGCUGUGUCAGUUGCCUUUCAUUUGAAUUUAGUAGAAAUCUAGAAGUCAUGAGUCAGCUGUUACAGGUGUUUCUCAUUUUGGCAGUCCUUCAAAAUUUGUCUUAGCAAGCGCUAUUGACAGUUUCACUGGGCUUCAACGAUAAGCCAGUCUAAGGCCACAGCGAACACACCUCAGCUCUCCACAGUGUUGUGUGCACUGUUGUUGAUCUCAUAGAGACAUUGAGUAGUGCCUUUUUAGCUCCUUCACAUUGCUUUCUUACUCUGUGCUUUGCGUUCUCUGUGUCUUCUACCCAGUUCUGAAAAUCACCUGGUAGGAAAAGGGCUUCAGUGUCAGCGGAGACUACUGUUUUUCAUCUCAGGGAACUUUCAAUACUCAAGAAUGAACUUGAUGAAAGGUAUUUAGUGUUCAAGACAGACUCUACAAGACCAUCUCAUUCCCUGUUGUCUAAGUUUCCAUCUGCCCUCCCCCUUAGCUAUAGUCUGGGCCUUUUCUUAAGAAUGGAGCAAAUAGCUCAUGGAAGGCCAACAAAAAGAUGAAGAACCGAGACUUAACUAUUAAGGGGGCAUAAGGAAUCAUAGCAAAAAUCUAACUCUAAGUACAUACUUGAAAUACCUGGGUUUGUUUAGUUCUGUUUGGGAAGUGAUCAUCCAUGCACAGCUUCAUUUUGUACAUCUUUGUUUCACAGCUUCAUCCUCCAUCUGGCAAUGCUGAGGCAGCUGAUUGUGAAAUAUCCCUUUGCUUUCUAUACUAUGGUUGUUGCUGUGCUGUUGACAUGAAUAGGCCAUGAAACAUGUUCCCCAUUAUUAUUCAGCUUGCUCUAUAUUUAAUAUUAAGUUGCUGAAAUAAAGUAAAUCAGUAACAGAUUUUUGCUUUUCUGGGCAAAUUCAAUGAUUCAGCCCACAGGACGGAUACAACGACUGUGGAAGUUUUCUAUCUGGAAGGUGCUGGGCAUUCAACUGUCUUCAUGUAAUGUAUAUCAUAUGAAUUGUACAUCCAUUGCUAAUGGGGAUUUCUAUAUAUAUGCUUACAGUAGCGAUUUAUUUAAUUAUUGCUGGGGGUGAUGUACAUACCAACUAGUCUCUAAGCUACUAUGAAGGGAAAGGGUGAACAGAAUAACUUAUGUCGAUUUGAGCCAGGUAAUCAUAAUGCACAUAAUGUGGUAUUUGGUUCAUAAAAGAAUUGUUUUUAUGUGGUUAUUGUAAAGGUAUUUAUAAUGUGGAGGGGUGUGGGGAGAGUUAUGUAUAGUUAGUUGUUACCUCCACAAGUUUGGAUGCUUUCUCCAUCAAACAUUAUCAGUUUACCAAUGUUUUAAAAACUGAGUAAGGGUUAUUAUUCAUAUCUGAGAAAAGCCAAUCCAAAUAAGCCCACCUAGAAAUAGAUACUUUAUUAUAUAUGUGCUAUAGGUAUAUCUAUAUAGUACAAUUAGACAUGUGUGAUGCAUAUAUACAAUGUUAUAUAUGUGUACCUGUGUGUCUACACACUGAAUUGUAAUAUGUACACAAUAGAUUUGUGUUAAUGGUGAUCCCUUCAGGGUCUGCCCUCUGAACUGCCCUGGAGAUAAAUAAGACCACUUUAGAGUAAAGUUCUUUUGAGACUUCAGUUAUUAAUCUGCUUUAAAAAGGAUCUACUGAAUUCUGUGUUGUUCAUGCCUAGAAUUACAUGAAGGGUCUUCUAGUAUGUCGAAUCUUAACAAUAAAAGAAAAAGGAAAAAAAUAUAUAUAUUUCUUCAAGCUGGCAAUAUAUUGGAAUUAGAGUUUUCAGAUUGUGGCCCCAGGUCUGUGUUCCUCAUUGAAGUAGCACUUUUUAAAUAAAUACUGUUUUAUUGUGUAGGCAAAAGCACAAGAGUUUGAAGUGUAUAUAGCAAGAGAGAAGAGUUUACAGAGACAGCCUUGCUGCACAGGAUAAUUGCUACUGAGUAUUUCUUAUUCUGUCAGGUUCAUUUUGUUCAACACUGUUUCCCUAUUGUUUAGGCAUAGAAAUCUGGUAUUAUUGUUUUAUCAUUUGUAAAAUUGUAAAAUAAAUUAAAUGCUUUUUUUCCAA